AUGAACAAAGGACAAGAACACUUUAGACGCACAAGCGCGCUAUCUGCCAACAUUCCAGGUGUUCUGCAGCUUAGACGAGAGAAGAGAGAGCUCAUGGCAGAGAUGCGAUCCCUGGCUGGCACCAUUCAAAAUGCCCGACAGCUCUUCCCGCACCUCUAUCAAAAUCAUGAGAAUGUCAAAAAAGAAACAGCUAAACUUCGAAAGAGGUUAGCAACUGAUAUACGAGAGGCAGCUAGAAAGGACCAUUUCCAAAAUGCACCCGUAUUAGAAGUUGACAGACAGAUAAAGCAACUCCUCAGCAGGCUCAGCGGGUCUGAUGAAGUCUCUGAUGAUGAAAACUCUGGCGAUGAAAGCUGGGAACUGCCUACUCCAAAUUAUGUAUUUGCCGAGCGGGCACGCCUGGUGGAAAACUUUUACGGGUCUGAUGCAGAGAACUUUGACGAAGACAAGCUACUUGAUCAACGCAUCCAGGUUACCAAGGACAUGAUCAGCUAUCCAUGUCCAACGUUGCGAUCCGCUUGCUUCCAACAGAAUUGCGGGCACAAUCAGCAACGUUACAGGCGGUUGAUUCUGCAUAAAUAUAUACGCCAAGCCUGA